CAGGCGAGGCGGCCGGAGAUUCAACUACGGCCACGCGGUGCAGCGGGGCCAACAUCUUCGUGUUGGUGGGCGGAGACGCACGGAGGACUUCGGUGUCGGCCGUUCGACUACUGAUCUCAGUGCAGAGCUGCGGGGUCUGGGGAGACGGCUUACCAAAGUCACCAAAAUAACUGCUGGGAAUUUCAGCUCUGGAGGAACUCAGAGUUCGCUCUCAUCUGUGAGGUGAGGGCAGGCAGCGCGUGACUGCGAUCUCCCGGAAAUUUCCCCGCUGUGGACUGGCGCGUUUCCCGCCUUGGAUGAGCGCGGCGCGGCCGGCAGCUUGGGCGCUGCGGAUGGGCGUAUCUGGGCGGGCGCUAUCUGCAUGGGGAGUGGGGCGGGGGCGGGGAGGAGGCCGCGGCGCGCGCGCGACAGUCGGGAUGUCGCCGCUGGCGCCUGCGCUGGUUCUCGCCCUCGCCCUCGGCUGCGCUUGCGCCUUCGCCGUCUCCCUCGCCGAGGCUCCGCGGCCGCCGCAUGCACCGCUGGCGCGGGCGAGGCGCUACGCCCUGCAGGGCACGCGGUGGCGGGUGCGCGACCUCUGGUGGCGCGUGUCGCUCUACCCGGACGCGCCCGACCUGCCCCGCGACGCCGUCGACGCCGCCCUGCGACGGGCCUUCCAGCUGUGGGCGUCGGCGGCGGACCUGCGUUUCCACCAGGCGGAGGCGGCGGGGGAGGCGGCGGGGCGGCGCGUGCACAUCGACGUGCGCUGGGAGCGCGGCGCGCACGGCGACUGGGACGAUUUCGACGGGCGCGGCGGCGUCCUGGCGCACGCCAACUACCCGUCCUUCGGCGGCGCCGUGCACCUCGACGCCGACGAGCGCUGGGCGCUGGACGACGCCCCGCCCCCCGCGCACGACGCACGGCCCAGCUUGGUGUACAUCGCGGCGCACGAGAUCGGCCACGCGCUGGGCGUGGCGCACUCCAACGUGAGCGGGGCGCUGAUGGCGCCGCUGUACGGGGCCAAGGCGCGCUCGCGGGCGAGGGCGCGGGCGCGGGGGCGGGAGGUGCUGGAACGCCUGCCCGAGGACGACGCGGCUGCCGCCGCC